AACUAACUGGACCGCAGCCAGCAGCUCUGCGGGAACGUACGGUACCGGGAGAGAGACAACCUGAACAGGUCCGGGAUCUAAGGUUCAUGAGGAUGAUGAUGAUGAUGAGCUCCUCGACCACAGAGAAGAUGAAGAAGAAGGCUCCCAAGGAUAGUCUGACUCUCCUGCCAUGUUUCUACUUUGUCGAGCUGCCCAUCGUGGCUUCUUCUAUGGUGUCACUGUACUUCCUGGAGCUGACGGACGCGGUGCAGCCGGCCCAGGCGGGAUUCCGCUGCGGCGACCGGGCCCUCAGCAUGCCAUACGUAGACGGAGGAGACGAGCUGAUCCCGCUGCUGAUGCUGCUGAGCCUCGCCUUCGCCGGCCCGGCCGCCUCGAUCAUGCUGGUGGAGGCGGCGGUUUACUGCCUGCAGCCUCGCCUGAAGAUCCACCGAGCCGAAGGAAGCAUCAACGCCGGCGGCUGCAGCUUCAACUCCUUCCUGAGGAGAACCGUUCGCUUCGUAGGUGUUCAUGUGUUUGGGCUCUGUGCGACAGCACUGCUCACUGACAUCAUCCAGCUGGCGACGGGUUACCACGCCCCGUUCUUCCUCACCGUCUGUAAGCCCAACUACACACUGGCCGGCGGGUCAUGUGACCAAAACGCUUACAUCACCAGAGACAUUUGCUCCGGUCAUGACCAGCAUGCCAUCAUGGCGGCCAGGAGGACGUUUCCUUCCCAGCAUGCAACUCUGUCGGCCUUCGCCGCCGUUUACGUCUCGAUGUACUUUAACUCCACCAUCUCCGACUCCACCAAGCUGCUGAAGCCGGUCCUGGUCUUUGCAUUUGCCAUGGCGGCGGCGCUGACAGGCCUCACUCAGAUCACGCAGCAUCGCAGCCAUCCCGUCGACGUCUAUGUGGGAUUCCUGAUCGGCGCCUUCAUUGCUGCAUAUCUGGCGCUUCAUGCCGUCGCCAACUUCAGGUCUUCUGAUGAGUGCACUCAGGCUCCGUCCCCUCCCCUGCCGGUGGAGGACCCUCUGCGGGCGCUGACAGAGCGCGGACACGAUUCGGUGUACAACAAGGGUCCCGCCUCGGCCUCAGAGAGCAACGAUGAGAUUGCAGCGGCGCCAGCCCCUCUGGAGCGCCUGGAGGGCCUGGGGCCGCUGCAGAGGGAGCAGGGCUCCAUGGAGGGCCUGAAGAGGGCCAGCGUAGACGUGGAGCUGCUGGCUCCUCGGAGCCCCAUGGGGAAGGAGACCAUGCUGACCUUCAGCAACACCCUGCCCAGAACAAGUGUGAACAUCAACGGCCCUCUGGGUGCCAGCGAGGCACCAGGGGCCCAGGGAGCGGCGGUGCAGCGGCGGCUGAAGGCGGUGCAGGUCCCGGUGGACCCCAUGAGGUCCCAGCAGCUGGUGUCCGAGUGGAAGCAGAAGUCCAUGGAGAUGCGCGGCUCAGGGCCUCGUGAGGACGGGGACCACGAGCCCAGUGAGGAUGGCUCCGAGGCGAGCUCUAUGGGGACGGACGAUGCCGGUUCUCAGGCGCCCAUCUGCCAACCUUCGGUGCACUGCAUGAGGGUAGGCUCAGGUCGCAACCCCACCCCUCCUCCAGGUGGUGCCAAAGCUGUGGCAACGCCCAGACCGCCUCAGAUCCCUGAAGCUGGACCCCCACCAGUGUCUCCAAAGAGCGCCUUGACCAGGGCUAAGUGGCUCGCCAUCCGGGAGAAGACCAGCGGGGAGGCUGCUGGCCGCGGCAGUGUCAGCCAGCCACGCCUCAUGCAGGUCAUUGCCUUGUCCAAGCAGCAGGGUCUGCUUCCCUCCUCCUCCUCCGAGAGCGCCUCCACUGGCUCCGCUGCCUCCUCCAACACGGAUUCCCCCCUCUGUCGCCAGCGAGACGGGCUGGGCAUCGUCACCGUGGACGCCCACGCCCCCUAUCAUCCUGUUGUGCAAACUCCACCCCCUCCACAAGCCCCGCCCCUGGCCGGGAACGGAAGCCCUUGGGAGUGGGCCGCGGUAUCCAAUGGAGAUGACCCACGAGAAUCCUACGGCCUCAACAAGCUGACCAGGUUGGACCCGACGGCCCGUGCGAGCAGCUUCCGCCCACGCCGCUCCGCAUCACCUGCCAUUGACCCCGCCCAGCAGGCAGAGAUGGCGGCGGAUGCUCAGCGUAGGGAAAUGGCCAUGAGACGCAAAACGGCGUUAGUUCUACUGGAUCGAGAAAUCCGCAACCAGACUGAACAAGAAAACUACUACAAGAGUUUACAGGGUCGGAGGUUCAAGGACCAACCGUAACCCCGAGACACCUGGACCAGACCUGGACGGGACAGAGACACCUGGAGGGGACAAAGACACCUGGAGGGGACAGAUGGAGGGGACAAAGACACCUG